UUCGACUUUGUGCCGAUGCAGUCCGAGCCGACAUGCCUUUCUAUUUGACUUUCCCCAUUCGAUGCUGACUGUUCCUACCUCUCCCCCCCUCUCUCCGAGUCUUUUUUCGGCCAAGACAUGUUGGAGUACAUACACAAACUUCAUGGCCUCGUUCGCUCGCCUGUGCUGCGCUGCGCUCUUCGUGCCGAGAGCCUGCCCUUUGCUGCUCCAGGGACUGCCUGCAGGCGUUCACGACGAAGCCGCCGAGGACUACCGCCUUGUUCACGGGGGCCCUGGGCUGACUAGUCCGGAGACGUUUUCUUGUUUACUGUCGAUGAAUACCUGACUCAGCAUGGGGCCGAUGCGUUUCGGAGAGAAUUCGAGGCCAACAAGACGAUGGUUUGCGAGCGGCACUUCGUCUCGCAGGUCUGCACCGCGCCCCCGAGGUUCGGCAACGAGAUGGGGGAGUUUGUGAACGCGUUCGGGUUUGCCGUCGUCGCAAACAGGACGUUUGUUCUGGCAGCAGACACUUGCUCUACUUACCUGGACUUCUCAGGGCGGAUCCUCCGAGACAGUGACGUGCAGGCGAUGACAAGCGAGGCGGGGUGCAAGAUCGGCUUCCCGAAGCUGCUGAUCAAGCACGGAGAGCCUCUGAGAAAGCAGCCAAUCGACAGCGCCGCUCCAGAUGCCUGGGCGUCCGAGCGCCACGUGAUGACGCGCUUCUGGCACGAGGAGGUCGCACAUCGGGUCCUCGCGAACGAGCAGCUCGGCGCAGAGGCAACGCGUCGUGCGAAGUCGCUUUUCGGCACCAGCGUCCUCUUGGGGUACGGCGCCCUCUUUCAUGCCGCCUGGGCCUUCAAGGACUCCGUGCGGAUCCCCGUAGACGAGAUGCUGAGGGAUCAUGCCGACGUGUUCAAAGUUGGCCUGCACGUCCGGCACUCCGGCAACUGCCGUGCGGGCUGUCGCGAGAAUGUGCGGGCUGCCCAGUGUGUGAAGAACAUCCUUAGCGAGCGCACGUCCCAGAAGUGCGUGGUGCUCAUUGCGACGGACCACCCAGAGUCAGAGGCCGAUCUUGCUCAACAGGUGCAGUCAACACUGAUGGGAGGGAGAGAGAACGCGUCGUUGGCUUCGGUCGAGCUGUUAAAUCUUGAGCAGCUUGCCAAGCAUAUCGAAGCAGCCACCGGGUGCAAGGCCAGGAGCACGCUUGUCUCGCAAAAGGUGGUGCAGCCCGAUUUCGCUGAGGAGCAUGGCCCUUGGGCGAUGUACUCGUCGGUCGCGGACCUCUACAUGCUGAGCCGCAGCGACGCCCUGGUCGUCGGGUACUCUGGCUCGGGGAACUCCUCCUUUUCGGAGC